UAAAAAUGAAUAAAGAUAUAGCUGCAAUAUGUAUUGUAAAGAAUUAUUUAGAUAUAUAUUCUUAUCUUUGUGAUGAUGAGGAAAUUGACAUAAUAAUAACCUCUCAAAAUAUCACAAAUGAAAACCGUAUUAAGAAUAUUGAAAAUUAUGUUGAACAUAUUGUACCAUCACUCAGUAGUGAAUAUUUUAAAUCGCAUUUUCGAAUGCUACCUUCAACGUUCGAAUUUGUUUUGAAUGAGAUCGGAGAUCAGCUUUGUCGUAAUACUGAUGGAAAUCAAAUGGUAUCUCCAGAUAAACAACUCUUAUUAAGUUUAUGGCGUUUUGCAACUCCAGAUUCAUACAGAUCAAUAAUUCAUAGAUUUAAUGUUAGUAAAGAUACAGCGAUAAAUAGUAUGCGCCGUGUGACUAAAGCAUUAUGCAAACUUUCAUCAAGAUUUAUAGUAUGGCCCACAGAAAAUAAAAUACAAAAUAAUAUACUUGGAUUCUCUAUUAUAAGUGGUUUUCCUGAUACUAUUGGGGCUAUAGAUGGAACCCACAUAAAUAUUCCUGCACCUACAGUAAAUCCAGAGGCUUAUGUGAAUCGAAAGGAACAUCAUUCAAUUCAUUUGCAGGCUGUUUGUGAUCACACAAGAUAUUUUACACACGUCUAUGUCGGGAAUGUGGGUUCUGUUCAUGACUCUCGUGUUUUUCGUUUAUCGUCUCUAAAAGAAUAUAUUAAUAAUCCAACGAAAUUUCCUAAUAAUACACAUAUAAUCGGAGAUGCUGCUUAUGCAUUACAUAAACAUUUAUUAGUUCCUUAUUCUGAUAAUGGUCAUCUUACACAAUGUCAGAAAAACUAUAAUUUGUGUCAUUCUUCUACUAGAAUGGUAAUUGAAAGAGCGUUCGGUCUUUUAAAAGGACGUUGGAGAAGUCUCUUACAUAAUUUAGCAAUGAAUCGUGUGGAUUUUAUACCUUACCAUAUAUUAGCUUGUUGCGUACUACACAACAUUUGUUUGUUGAAAAAAGAUGAAUUGGAGAUGCAAGACGUUGUUGUGGAAGUCGAAGAAACAGGACCACAAGAAAAUAGAAAUAUUCAGUAUACUGAUAGGAAUGUUGCGGUAGUUAAAAGAAAUAAUAUAAGUGCAAACCUACUUAUAAGAAAUAAUCUGUAA